GCACCAUGGAUCCAGCCGGCUUGUGUACGGCGCUGACUCGAGCUGCCACUCGAGCGGGUGCGAGAGUGGUCGAGAAGUGCCCUGUCACGGAUAUCCGCACCGUGCCAACACUCCUGGGCGGAAGGAAGGUCAGCGAGGUUCACACUCCUUUCGGUGUUAUCAAGACUAAUAAUGUCAUCAACGCAACAGGAUGUUGGGCUAACGAUAUAGCUAACAUGGUGGGUGUAGAAGUUCCUUUGGCACCCAUGAAGCACGCUUAUGUGGUGACUGAAAGGAUCCCUGGUAUAGAGAACAUGCCAAAUGUCAGAGAUCACGACGCUUCUGUGUACUUGAGACUGCAAGGCGAUGCUCUCUCUGUGGGUGGUUACGAGAACAAUCCGGUCUUUCUUGACAAGGUCGAGCGAGAAUUCUCCUUCGGGCUCUAUGAGCUGGACUGGGAUAUUUUCAUGGCGCAUAUCGAAGGUGCCGUUAAUAGGGUGCCUGUGCUGGAGAACACUGGCAUCAAAUCAACUGUGUGCGGCCCAGAAUCAUUUACACCUGACCACAAACCCGUAAUGGGUGAGGACCCGACAGUAGAAGGAUUCUUCCACUGUUGUGGUUUUAACAGUGCAGGCAUGAUGCUAGGAGGAGGAUGUGGGGACCAGAUUGCAAAGUGGGUUGUCCACGGUCGUCCCGAAAUCGAUAUGUUCGGUUACGACAUCAGGCGAUAUCACACCCCUCUCAAUGUUAACAAAUCAUGGGUCUUGGAGCGCUCUCAUGAAUCAUAUGCAAAAAAUUACAGUAUUGUAUUUCCUCACGAUGAACCCCUUGCUGGUCGCAAUCAGAGGCAGUCUCCGCUUCACAAUGUUCUGGAGGACCUCGGCUGCGUAUUUCAGGAGCGGCAUGGCUGGGAGCGCCCGGGCUGGUAUAACACCGUCCCUGCCCCAACGCAGCCGUAUGAUUGGUAUGGCUUCUAUGGCAGCGAACUCAGCUCCGAUACGAGAUACAAGACAAUGCUAACUGCUGACUAUACUUUCGACUUUCCUCAUCAUCAUGAUCUGAUCCAGAAGGAGUGCCUGGCCUGUCGUAAUGCUGCCGCUAUCUUCGACAUGUCUUACUUUGGAAAGUUCUACCUGACAGGACCAGAUGCACAGAAAGCCGCAGAUUGGCUGUUCUCGGCAGACGUGGCAAGGGAUCCAGGUUCUACUGUGUACACUUGCAUGCUCAACCGCAGAGGAGGAAUUGAGGCUGACCUUACUGUGAGUGUGUGUGAUAGCGGAGAGGGAUCGCCUUGUGAUCCAAAGUUUGAAGGGCGCGGGUUCUACUUAGCAGCAGGAGGUGCAGCAGCCCUUCAGAAUUUGGCCCAUGUCACCAAAGAAAUAAGAUCUCAUAAGUGGAAUGUCCAGAUCUUAGACCACACAGAUGACAUGGCCAUGCUAUCCAUCCAAGGGCCCAACAGCAGGGCUAUUCUACAGCAGCUGAGUGAUGCAGACUUCAGCGAUGCAACAUUUCCUUUUUCUUCACACAAAGUGAUCACAGUAGCUGGCCAUAAAGCAAGGGCACUCAGGCUGUCCUUCGUUGGUGAAAUGGGCUGGGAGCUCCAUAUACCUAACGAGUCAGCAGUUGCAGUCUACAAGGCGGUGAUGGCGACUGGGGAGCCUCUUGGGUUAGUCAACUCUGGCUAUCGAGCUAUUGAUUCUCUAUCUUGUGAGAAGGGCUAUCGCCACUGGCAUGCUGAUGUGCGGCCUGAUGAUACACCCCUUGAGGCUGGCCUCGCAUUCACCUGCAAGCUUAAGACAGAUACAAAUUUCCUUGGGCGCCAAGCCAUUGAACGCCAGAAAGCAGAGGGCAUCAGGAAGAAGCUUGUGACUUUGACCCUGAAAGACUCAUCAAAGCCUUUGUGGGGUCUUGAAGGGAUUUGGCGAAACAGCGAAGUCUUAGGGUAUGUGAGACGUGCUGAGUAUGCCUUCUACCUUGGCCGUGCCAUAGCAUAUGGGUAUGUUGAGCGGCCAGAUGGCGAGCAGAUCACCAAUGACUUCCUUAAAAGUGGAACUUGGCAGCUCGAAGCCAUGGGAACUAUGCUUGAUGCUUCGCUUCAUGUUCAGUCACCAUUUGAUCCCAAGAAUUUGCGUGUGAAAGGACUGUAUAGUGAAGUCAACUAAAUAGUACUGAGUUUUCUACUGGAGGCUGAACAUUGUUGAGUCCAGCAUCUAUUGAUGUAAGACGAGAAUUAUUCUUAUCUUUUAGCCACGACAUAUCCUGCCACAUAUAAUGGCACUGAUGCCAUUAAAACAUUCCUCGAACAUAUUGUUUGUUCUAUUUUGUAAAGUGUUGGGUAUUUUUUAUUUCCUUCGUUUAAGUCUAAUGGAAGAAGCUGUUUGAUAUAUAUGUUUUUAUCAGUGUCUACAAUUUUCAUGCAUUUCGGUGUAGUUGAUCCCAGUCUAUGAGUAUUAGUCUUUGAAAAUAUUCUAGAUGCAUGGUUUGUCAUAAUUUAAAUGUCAUUUUUCGUUUGUUGUGUUCGGGAAACACAGUGUAUUAUAUCUAGAGGCAGUAAUUUAGAUAUCCUAUUUGAAAGGGUUCCAAAUAUUUCCUUGUGUUAGUCGUUGAAUUUACUGUAUGGUGUGCUCAAAUAUUAAUUUGAUACAGGCCAAUGAGAAUCUUUUUGAAUACAUGUUAAUAAAGAAUAAGGGUGACAAUUC